AUGAAAUUCUUAGUUGCUUUUUUAUUUAUUUUUAUUACACUUCCUUUGGAGGUAAAAUCAGCAACAUGUACUCAAAUGGCUAAUAAUGGAUAUUGUAUGAAUUCUAUGUAUAGAGAAACAAUGUGUAAAAGUUGUGCAGCAGCAUGUAAUACUGUUGGAGGAUCUGCAGCUUGUACAUUACCCGUUAAAAGUACUGCAUGUGCUGAUGUUGCCACAAAUUGUGAUAGUAUAAAAUAUUUAUGUACUAAUCCUACUUAUGCUAAUUUAAUGGCAACAAAAUGUAUGAGUACCUGUAAUACCUGUGAUGGAAAACCAGCAACAACAGCUCCUUCUCAGAAUGCUACUACUACUACCAUCAGUUCUGGAAAUACAACUACUACUUCAACCACAACAACAACAACUACUACUACUUUACCUUAA